CCACGGCAGGGCAAGAAGCUUAGCGUCGCAUGGAGCGUGAACUUGAUUGAAGGCAUCAAAAACAAAUUCGUCAAAUGUAUUUUUGACCCAGUCAAUUGCCUCCUAAGCACUCACCCUUGCAAGCGGGAGCAACACCAAAAAGGCGACCCCUCAGAAAAGACAUAAUGGGGCAAACCGGAAAGCCUAAUAGAAACCUCCGCAAGGAGUAUCGCGAGGCGCAAAAGAGCAAUGGCGCGGCGGCUCUUCCCAAGAAGAAAUUCUAUCGCCAACGCGCCCACGCAAAUCCAUUUUCUGAUCAUAAUUUGACAUACCCCAUAUCGCCAGACCAUAUGGACUGGGCACCUCUGUAUCCAGCCUACAAAGCACCAGGUGCGGAUGAGGAUGCGGAUGCUGCUUCUAAAGAGUCGGCAGUUACCAAGUCGCUGCCCAAGAGGUUAUUAAAGGAUGUCGAGGUUGCCGAUAUUGGCUGUGGCUUUGGCGGGUUGUUGAUGGCUUUGUCACCCGCCCUCCCCGACUCCUUGAUACUAGGUAUGGAGAUCCGGACGCAGGUAACGGGCUUCGUGCAGGACAAAAUCCGAGCACUACGGACUCAGCAUUCGGAGACGGACCCGCAGGCGUACCAAAACAUCGCGUGCGUACGGGCCAACACGAUGAAGUUCCUGCCGAACUUUUUCACGCGCGGGCAGCUCUCCAAGGUGUUCAUCUGCUUCCCUGACCCACACUUCAAGGCGCGGAAGCACAAGCAGCGCAUCGUUUCGACGACGCUCAGCUCCGAGUACGCCUUUGUGCUGCGGCCGGGCUCGGGCAUCGUCUACACCAUCACCGACGUCAAGGACCUGCACGAGUGGAUGGUCGAGCACCUAGAAGCGCACCCGCUGUUUGAGAGGAUCGGGGACGAAGAGCAGGAGGCCGACCCUUGCGUCGCCAUCAUGCGCAGCGAGACGGAGGAGGGCAAGAAGGUCGAGAGGAACAAGGGGCACAAGUAUGUGGCUUUGUUCAGGAGGUUGGAGGAUCCGCCAUGGUGAUGAGGAGUUGCCAGGCGAUGUUGGGACGGGGAGGGGUGGUUUUGCUUGUGCCGGAACCUAUUGCAGAUGAUAACAGGCAGAGGGAGUAAGCAUCGAGCCUUUGCUUCGGGUCGUCGCUUGCGAUAUUUCCGACUUUUUCUUUCACGACCUUGCGCCUCUCCAGAGCGCCUUGAAGACGUUUCACCGGCUUUCCAGACGAUACAACAAGUUAUAUGAACAAGUGGCAAAGAGCACCAAGACUUUAAAAUAUGGUAUCACGGAUUCACUUAAAGAUUUCAGGGCCCACACAAAAAAAUCCCGAAGGGAUCGCUCCAGCGGCACGGUGACACGGGACUCUCCUGUUGGACACUCAUUACUGGCGUCAGGAUUUACAGUGCGGUGCAGAUCAGAUAAACGCAAGUAAGAUGAUUAUGUGCAAACUUUCCAACAGCACUGGUCAAAACUCGGCUUGUCGGUAUGCGCCGUAUUCAGUGGCCCCUUUGCAGAUAAAAAGAAGGCAACAGCCGCAGUUUUGCAGGGCUUAGUGAGGCGCAGAACUGGAUAUGGACAUCAAGGGAAAAGACGGGUAAGUCGGGGCCGAGAACUAGGUAGCAUCUAUGGACCCCUUUUCUCGCCACAAUCGCGAAACCCUGGCAAAGGAAGAUACCGUUGAUGGACCGGUCGGGCCUUGCCGCAUAGUUGGGCAGAUGAAGAUUUGACGAAGAAGAUAGGGGAUUUUAGGGGUUUCAGGGAGUAAAUAACAGGGAGCCAUGUUCGUUACCUACCUUAGGUACCUACCUAGACUAGAAGGUGCCUUGUGUAACCUUGGUAGGGGCCAAGUAGGUACGCGGGGACUACGACUGCUACCACGUGACCUCGACUCGAAAAACAAAUCCUUCCUUCCUAAUUCAUUCUAGCGAGAUCGUCAGGGCAGAAGGCGGGAAACGAAUGAAGUGAUCCUCAGCCGAAAGAAACAUUACAAUCUCCAGUUCCUUUCUUUUUUUUUUUUUUCACUGCUUUGUCCCGUCU